GCGUCUCCGCGGUGCCGGUUGCUCAGUCUGGCCGCGCGAGAAGGCGGAGCUGUCGCCGGUUUUACGGAUGCGCUGCUGAGGCGGACGGAGCCACCGCUAUGUCGCUGCCGGGCUCCCCGAGUUCUCCGGCCCCGCGCUGGGCCCCGACGCACGUCCAAGUGACGGUCCUCCAGGCACGGGGGCUGCGCUCCAAAGCCAAGGGCGGCGGCGGUGGUAGCGGCAGCGAUGCUUACGCCGUCAUGGCGCUGGGCAAGGAGAAGUUCGCUACCUCGGUGGCCGAGCGCUGCCUCGGCUCGCCCGUGUGGCGGGAGGAGGCCACCUUCGAGUUGCCCUCGCUGCCCCGACGAGGCCUAGGCGGGGCCGGCGGGCCUGGGCCGAACGCCGUGCUGCAGCUGAGCGUCCUCCACCGCGCGCUGCUCGGCCUCGACAAGUUCUUGGGCCGCGCCGAGAUCAGCCUCGGCGAGCUGCAGAGCGAAGGCGGCCGCCGCAGCACCCGAUGGUACAAACUUCACUCCAAACCAGGGAAGAAGGAAAAAGAGCGGGGCGAGAUUGAGGUGGAUAUCCAGUUCAUGAGGAGCAACAUGACCGCCAGUAUGUUUGAUCUGUCCAUGAAGGAUAAGCCUCGGACUCCCUUUAGCAAGCUGAAAAACAAAUUAAAAGGGAAAAGAGGCAUUGGAUUGCCAGACACAGCUUCAGCAAUUAUUCCUAGCAUUACUCACUCUCCAGCUGAUAGCGAAGAAGAGUUAAACGACAAGGAGAAGAAAAAAUCAAAGUUCAAGACACUGUUCUCAAAACCUGGUUUGCAUAAAAGUAAUAUUUCCCAGUCCAUGUCUGUGCUACCCACACUCCAGCCUGUUUCGGAGAGAGUUCGACUUCGACCCAGUGAUUUUCAGUCACAGUGGAGUGAUGAUGAAGAUGAUGAUACUUUGACAACAGUCUCUGAGAAGCCCUCUGCAAUCAAAACCAACAAUAACAUACUUGGUCCCCCUUCAGUCAUGACCCAUAAGAGAACUGGUAGUGGAGACUCCAAGCAGUUAAACCAAAUAAUUGCUGGCAGUGCCAAGAAGGAUAUGCAUUCUUUAUUUGGCCUCAGAUCCAAAAAUGACCCAGUUUCCAGGUCUAAUCUGUGUAUUAAUGGCAGCCAUGUUUACAUGGAAGAAAAUGAAUCAAAGAGCGACCUCACUUCAAAAGAAGGAUCUCCAUCUUCUUCUCAGCGAAAACGCCUGUUUUUGUCUCAGGAAAACCUGUCUUUCGAACAUGACAAGGAGCUUGAAAACUCCUCAAGGUUGGCCCUUGAUAAAUUGCCACCUGGGUCAUCUUCGUUGGAAUCCUUUAAAGCCAUGACUCUGCCAUCAUAUAAAUUGCUUGCUGGUGGGGAUUCGGUAGAAAACAACACUCCAUUUGUUUCAGACACUCCAAAAGAAACUAAGGAGAUCAAAAAACAGGAGAACAAGAAGUCUGGCUUGCUGUCUCUUGUGACAGGGAAAAAAGAAACAAAAAUUAGCGAGGAGAUGGGGAACACUGAAAGUUCUCUGAAGGUGAAGGAAGUGAAGCGUAAUGAAAAAGAAUCUGCCAGAAAAGAGACAAACCCUUUUGAGCUCCCUGUGGAUGGCAAAAGGGGCCCUGGUCCACUUAAGAGUAAUGCCACAGAUGUUGAAAUUGCAAAGACAUCAACAAACCCUUUCAGUGAGAACAUUGUGGAAGGAGAGAAACCAGAAAAGAAUGCUGCUUCUGUGAAACCUUCUCAGACGAAACCUGUCAAACCCAGACUGGGCGUGUCUUCAGAGGAUGAAACCAAAGCCACCUCUUUUCCUCCUGUUCUUCUUCCUCCUAUUUGCUAUGCUUCAGAUAAUGAAAAUAAUCCUUUUACUUCUAAAUCUGAUGCAGAACAGAAAACUCAGGAAGUUGGUAGGUUUGAUAGCUCAAAGAAUGUUUCUGUUAAUAAUCCCUUCACUACAAAAUGGAUGCAGGAUUCUAGAGACUUGGAAUGCUCUGCAGUUUCUACCUGCCUUCCUUCAACUUCUGGCCGUGAAAAUAAUCCCUUCACUCCUAAAUGGGGACAAGAAUCUCAGACACAGGAAAUGGAAACCUCUUCCUUAUAUUCUCCACAUUCUGCAGCUUCCAUUACUGAAACUCAUACUAUGCCUUCUCAGCUUUCUAACAUUCAUGAUCCCUUUGUAAUCAAAGUAGAACAGGAAUCUGAAAGAAUUAAAAGUCCUCCCACAUCUAUAAGUUCUGUUUCUUUAACUGGAAACAUUGAUCAUUCCAAGUACACUGAUGAUGUUUCUUCAGAAAAGUUUCAAAAUGAAAAAUUAACUAAUCAAAUAGAUACUAUAUCCAAUUUCUCUGGCUCUCUCUCUGAGAGUCUUCCACCACAAUCUUCUGACCUAGUUAGAGUGAGUGAAAAAGCCUCCCAUGAUGACAAAGUGCAUAUAGUACUGCCUUUUAAAGAAAAUGAGUUGAAAAAGUCUGUAGCCUUUGCCCUUGAUGAAUCGAAAGAGGAUGUAAUAAGUAGUCAUAAUGACGGUGCAGAUGAAGAUACAUUUGAGGUAAAUAAAAAUAAAGAAGCACUAAAUUCAUUUGAAAAGAAUAGCGGCCAGGUAAUUGAAUUAAACAUAGAAAAUAGUUGUGGCUCUAAGCCUUAUGAAGAAGACAUAAUUUCUGCUCAUACUAGUGGGAACCCUUUAGAGAAGGAAGUUGAAUCUGGCUUAUCUAAAAAGGAGCCACCAGUACCAACUGCAAGAGUCCUCAUUCCUCUGGAAACCAAAAUGUCAGUUCCUGAACUGAGUGACAAAAUGCAUACUGUACCACCAAAACCAGCACCAAGAAAUGGUUUGAAAAUGAAAAAAUGUGUACCUGUAACUAAUGAACCAAAAGGAGAUGCAUCUGUUCUCAAAGAGAUUUCUUCAGACAGUUCAAUCUUAAGUGAAAACCCAAGCCAUAUUUGUUCAUUAACAUCAGAAAUGGCUGUCCUUCCUCAUAUAUAUGAUAGUGGUAAUACAGAUCCAUCUCAAAGUAUUAAGGAUGACUCUAACCACGUAAUGAGAACAUCACUUGGGAUUUCAGGUCCCGGAGAGCUGAAUGUAAAGCCCAUUACUCUUCCUGUUAUUCCAGAAGUAGCUUCAGAUGAUGAGCAAUUAGGUGAUUAUCAGCAGAAUCCUGAAAGUAUGACAUUAAGUGAAGAUUUGUCAAAAAAUGAAGAUGGCUUUAUGAACUUGUGGUCUUCUGUUGAGAGGACAGAUCUGACAUCAACUAAGAAAGCUAUUGCAGAGACUGUAUUUGGUCUGAUGAAAAUGAGUAAUUUUGGCAAUUCAUCCAACAGAUUGUUGAAAGAUCCAACCAACAAUGUACAUAAAAACCUAAAUCAUAACCUAACAGGCAUAGAAAAGGAGUAUGGAGAACACUCUAACAAAAAUAGGCAGGGUGAUUGUCCUGAGUCUUCUACUAAGCCUGUUUCUGUUUACCCUCUGUCUGAUUCUUCUCAGUCUUGUUCUGUUAGCUCUUUUCAGUCUGAUUCUCAUGGCUUUAAUAAAGCAGAAUCUCCAAAAAAAGCUACUGCGGAAGAAUUGGAUGCCAAAGUGGAAAGCUCUGGCAGGAAGAAGCUGCUUCAGGCAUGGGUUUCACCCUCUGAAACACAUCCCAAUCCUGGUGGAAAUUCUGCCAAACUCAGACUUCAUCCUGUGAAGCCAAUGAAUGCUACAACUAACCAACCAUCUGCAAAAACUUUGAGCAUAAAUACUAAGAUCCUGGAUAAUCAAACUGAAAUCAAUCUGAAGAAAUACGACCGUUCAAAUCCUGCUUAUGCGUAUGCUCAGUUAACUCAUGAUGAACUGAUCCAACUGGUCUUGAAACAAAAAGAUAUUCUUGCCAAGCGAGAUGUCCAGGUACGAGAGCUGGAAGACUACAUAGAUAACUUACUUGUUAGAGUCAUGGAAGCAACCCCCAACAUUCUUCGAAUUGAAGUCCACCCCAAAAAGAAAGCUGGAAAGAUGUAAAAUGACACCUCAACUUGUAUGAAGACCUUUCUUAGUCCAACUUAAAGAAUAGAGAAAGAAUGUGAAAUGAAAUAACUGUUGCUUUAUCAAAACAAAGGCUAUUUAUUUCUUUGGGUAAAAUUGGUUUUUUUGUCUUAGAGACUGGCUAGAUAUAACCAAAAUGACUAUCUUUAGAUACUCUUCUAAUACAUUGCACAUAUUUUGCUUCUCUGUUUAUGAUUAAAAGUAUGAGCUUAUGAAAUUUCAAGAGAGCUAUGUGAAUCAGUUUUCCACUGUGAAUAAUAUUGUACCUGGAGCAUUUAUACAGAAUUUUAUGUAAAUUUGAAAAACAUUUGGCACAGUUUUCAAAUUUCUGUGGGUAAUAAAUUUUUGUGCAAUAUAUAGAAUCUUAUCCUAAGCAAUCUCAUGUCAAUUCACUGAAAACACUGGAAUAUCAUCAAGUCCCUCAUUGUAAUUAGCUGGAAACUGAAAAUAUUACUGGAAAACUGGAUGCCUUUGAAAUCAUUGUGACUUUCACAGGUUCUUAUCAAUUGGGGGUUAUGCUGUGGAUGUUUACAGUGGAUUGUGUACUGAACUACUUGCGUUAUUCAUUUGGGAACCAUAGGUUAAAAAAAAAUAGUAACAGCUGGUGAACAAACAUUGCUUGCUUGUGUUGUCUACAUUGCAAUGGCAAGUGAAUAAGAGCAUGCAAAACUGCAAUUCAGCACUGAGCUUUAUAAUCUCUAAUUAUGAUUGGUUUGGGGUCCAUUGUAUUUGAUCUGGAUUGGGACAAACUGGCUAAUAGCUUUAGAGCACCAUAGCUAGUUGCUCAGUUGUAGGUGAUGAUUUCUAAAUAGAGAUUAAAGCGGAUGAGUAACCUUGGGUUUUAAAAAGAACAAAACUCCAGAAGAAGUGCUAGGUUGUUAUUCCUCUGACUCUAGAAAUGUAGAUGUAACUGGAAUGUUCCCAGACUUUUAACAGUUUGAAAGUACAAUUCUUAAUUGGCCAUGAAUAUUGACUGAGCUUGCUUUUUAGUUGCCUCUUCUUCGUUCAGAAAUUGAUGUGUUCCUCCCCUUUCACUCAUUAAAGUGUUCCCAGAAUGUCUUCCUAUCUGCGAACACCCACACAAAAAUACUUCUAUCAAAGUUCUUUUCAGAAAAUCUAAGAAAAUUGGUGUAUUUUAAGUCCUUUUAGAAUAACAAUCUACAUAGGCUAGUACAAUUACUUUUGUCAGGAAGGGUCAGUUUUGGGGUUCCAGAAGUCUCUUUCUUAAGUAGUUCCAGAUUCUGUAUUCUUCAGAGAUAUAAUUGCUUGUGAUGGUGAUAAUGGGUGAAAAUUAUCUCAGAUAAAAUUGUACCCUUUCAGAAUCCGUAACUGAUAAGCAAGCAGUUACAAAUCUUUUAGAUAAUUUUUGUUAAGGUGAAGAAAAGGCAUUCUUUUUCAUCAGAUGACAUGGCAAAUGUAUCUGCAAUUCUUGGAACACUUUCCCCCUUUUCUAUGCAGUGAAAUUUUGGGUUAAACUUUGCUCCUUUUCAGGAAUUGCUGAGCCAUGUAAACUCUUGUAAUUUUUUUUAUAUGCCCAGAGCUGUAUAUGCAAUAUUGUCAGUUAACUCAAAUUUUACUUUCUCUUUAAGAAUAUCCUAUGUUUGAAAUGAACAAACUUGAAUAGCUUAUAAAUUGGUCAAAUCUGAGAAUAUUCAUUGAUACUUAAAUUCCAUUUUAUUUGAUCAAGAAAACUAAACAGGACAGUAUUGAUGUGAGGGAGUCAGCAUGCAGCAAUUUUUUUACAUUGAGGCAUUUGUUUUGGAAAUCUGGAAGCUUGGUUUGAGCUUGGCCAGGGUGUUAUGCUGGUAGUCUUGUGUUUCUGAUGUAAAGGUUUUGAAUUGUCAGACUUUCCAACAGUUAACUUCUCUUUCCCCAGAGGUAGAGAAAUGUAGCCUGAUCUAUUACAUAUGAGAUCUACAUUAUUUUUCCACAAUAGCUAGCCUAUAUUAUUUCUGAUAAAGACUUUCUUUCACAUUUUCAGCAUACAGUUCAUGCAAAGUUUAUAUAAAAGAAAUCAAACUUCCAUUUUCCUGUGAAAAUAAUAUGUGGUAAAGUGGGAAAAAUAAAUACAGAACUUUUAAAUCUUCAGAACUUUUUAAAUGGAAUUAACUUUCCAGAGGUUUUUAAUUCUAAAGCAGAACAAUGGAUACAUGGGUGAGAUGUGCCUUGAAAAAAAGAAUGCAUACUCCAGAUCUAGUAAUAUUUUAUUCUGGAUGUAGUGGGAAAACCACAUUUUCUAUGCGUAUUUCAAAACUUACUCUGAACUGGGCAUCUUCCUUUUUAUGAUUUACAACAAGUCCAUUGUUGUUUUAUUACAGAUUAAUCUAUUUUAAACUUUUAAAAUUUUGUUUUAGAAGGUAGAAACUACGUGUAGAGAUUAGCAAGGUACUUUGCAGAAUUACACAAGUCUAUGCAUGUUUAUGUUCUAGCCACUCAAAUCUACUGAUUCAAAAUGGUUAGCAAUCACAGCUAGCUGAUUAAAUGUAGGUCCCUAUAGCAAUCCAAGGAUCGUUUGGAGACAUUGAAGAAUUAGCUUAAUUAUUUGCUAUAGCUGUUGUUUAUCAUCAUCCUAUGCACUUUAAUGAAGAAUCUGUUUGGCACUGAACAGUUCUUCAGUCCUUUUAUUAUACUUAGUCACCACGCUGGAUUACAAUAUAAGUUUGUCAGCUACAUUUACUAACCAGUGUAUUUGCCACUAUAUAAUCUGGCAAUCACCAAAGAGCAGAAUAGAUGGCUACGGUACUCAUGUUUUGAAAAGAGGUGUUGUUUGUAUGACUUAUGUUAUCAAUGCAUUCAUAACCUAAUUACAUAUUUUAAGGUUUGGUGUGAAAUGAGUAAUACAUUUGAAUGUCAGAUUCUGAGGGAGGAGGAGAUCAUACUCUGUUGUUGCCAUAAACUGAGUGUAAAAUGUGUUGAAUAGAUAUGUCUGCCUCUUCCUAUGCAGUAUAGUUCUACUUCUGAGAACCUAUAAAAGGUUUAUUUUUGCCUCAUUUGUUUGGUAGAAACACUUUGGACUUUUCCACAGAAAAGAAUGGCAUAUUGAGGGCAGUACGAUAUUGUGAAAUUGCUGGAACUGAAAUGUGUAACAAUACAUAUUUUAUAUGUAGAAGGAAAAAAAAUUGGAGGGUGUUUUAAAGUCUGGCUAUUUCCCUCUGCUGGUUGUGACAUAAUGCAAUAUGCUUUUAUGAAAAGGCAUGCAGGAAUUUGUAUUGUGUUUCUGAUUCCAGAAUAUCAAGUAACUAAUUUAACACUAUGUUCCCUAGGAAUACAUUUGUGAAAUAGACUGGAAUUAUAUUUUAAACAUGCCUACUAAUAAAAUGGCAGGUAGAAAAACAGAAAAAACCCCACCAAAACUUGUGCUGGACCAAUUUAGAGCAGAUUGAGAAAAUCCAAAGUUAGAAUCCUUAAUAAUAUAAGUUCCAAUAAGAUAACAUUGUUGUUAGUCAUUGUUGAAAAUUACAGGAAUUGCACUCUCAGGAGUGUGCUGAAUUUUCCAAACCGAAACAUGCUGUCUGCAGUUCCAAUAACUGGAAAGGUCCAUUUUGUGUUUGGAAUGUUCCAUAAUAACCUUUUGCACAAGGUUGAUCUCGACACACACAAAGAACACUAAAUUGGGAGAAGAUAGUUUUAAGUCAAAACUGUAUGUAUUUAAUGGGUUUUAAGUGGGGCAGUUUCACAUAUUAUGUAACAUACAAUGAAGGAGUUUCAUCUGGGCCCAGCUGUUGCCAACUCAGUCUUCAUGCAUUAUAUAUCACUCAAUAUAUAAUGUAGAAAUAACAAUGCCUUAAAAUCAGUAUUUUACUGAACGAUUUAAAUAUAAUCAGUUCAUGUAAAUUCUUGAGUUUUAAUGAAAUGGUUAUGCAAUGAAUAGUUUGUCUCCCUCUGUAUAUUUAACAUAGAAAGAUUUGAAUGUAUGUUUAUGCUUUGUUACAGUUGGUACAUUGCCUGAUGGUAUUUAUACAAAAACCUUCAGUCUUAUGAAAUGUUAAAAUAAAGUUAUUUAAA